AUGGCGAUGGAAAUGCCCGUGUGCGCUUCUAUUAUUCUAGCACAAUACUACAAUAACCCCGUCAAAUCAUUCUAUCAUUUCCAUUUCACGGUUGCAGUUCCCAGAAAUCUCCUCUCAUUGUCCUCAUCAUCUCUUGUGUCUUUGAGACAAUCCAAAAUGACGCUGCUUUCGACUAUGCCUUAUGUGUUAGCCGCCAGAACUGUUGCCUUGAAAGCGGAGCAAACUCCGUCUGAGGUAUCCGUGACUGCUUCAAAGGUUCUUCCUUUUUGGGCCGGUCACGGGUUCGACCUUCAUCAAUUGGAGCCUAGGUACCCUUUGAUAAUUGGAGGCAUUGAUAUACCUCACGAGAAAGGAUGUGAGGCUCAUUCUAAUGGGGACGUUUUGCUUCAUUGUGUAGUUGAUGCUAUUUUGGGUGCUUUGGGGCUUCCGGAUAUUGGACAAAUUUUCCCAGAUUCUGAUCCCAAAUGGAAAGGGGAUGCAUGGUCAGUUUUAAUGAAAGAAGUUUUAAGUUGUUAUUGUUUCGUUAAGUUAUUGUUUGUUAUUCCUAUUUCUAUAUCUCUUGAGGUGCUGGAUGUGGAAUCUGUCUUUGGUCAUUCCCUUGACCCUGAUUGUUAUUAUUCUGACCUUGAUCACUCUAGCCAGCAGACAUAUAUGUCUGCCCUGGAUUCAUUCUUAUUAUUGAUACCUUGUGGAAAUUGA